AUGGGAUUAAAUAAGCGCCCUGUGCGGCACCCUUCGCUGACCCCUUUGCUUAUUUGCUUUCUUGUGGUUUUCAUUACAGAACGAAACACUCAUUCUGGACGACCUUUUUUACCUGACAACGAUCACGUUACUCAGUCGGCUUUGUAUCCCAUCCUCCAGUCAGCCUAUCGACUUGGUCAUAGCACAGAGACUGCCCUAUUGAAGAUACAGAAUGACAUACUAGCUGCAAUGGACAAUCAACGAGUUACUCUUUUGGUAUUACUAGACCUGAAUGCAGCAUUUGACACGAUUGACCACCAAGUGUUGUUGAAUCACCUGUGCGUGACGUAUGGAAUUACAGGUACCGCUCUUAAAUGGUUUCACUCGUAUUUAUCAAACACAAAACAGCGAAUCCUGAUUAACGGGAGCUAUUCGAGUGACUUUGAUCUGCCUCAAGGGGUACCUCAAGGAUCAUGUCUUGGUCCCUUGCUCUUCACGUUGUACGCAAGUAAGCUCUUCGAUGUUGUUGAAUCCCAUCUCCCUAACGUUCACUCAUACGCUGAUGAUACGCAGCUCUAUAUCUCAUUUAAGCCGGAUGGUUCUGCUACUGAGACGGAUGCUGUUGACGCUCUACAAGCUUGCAUCAGGGACAUAAGAACCUGGAUGGUCCAAGACAAACUUCGGCUGAACGAUGCUAAGACCGAGUUUCUUAUUAUAGGUACACACGCACAGUUAAAUAAGGUUAUGAUAAGUGACUUGCAAGUAGAUCUAUGGUCAUCCUGUAAAGAUGGUGCUACCUGCUACAGAUCCAGCCAAUCUGGAUCAGUCUGCUACUGCUAUUUAGGAUAUACUACAAUCGAGAGUAAUGGAAGCGCAAAUCCGUGCUCAAAGAAUCCUUGCAAGAAUGGUGGAACUUAUAACAGCAGUUCUGAGGACUUCAAAUGCAGAUGUCGCUGGGGAUUCUCUGGAAAUGGUUGUUCCAUUGAGGAGUGCCAUAGACCUCUGGGUAUACAGAGCGGUAAAAUCGAAGAUUGGCAGAUCACUAUACGACCCUUUCGUAAUGACAGAUAUGAGCUCAGACCUUGGAGACUGGUGCUUGAAGCGACAGGAGGAAGGGAGGAAGCUUGGAAACCCUACUGGAGCUAUAGAGGUCUAUGGUUUCAGGUCUACCUCCAUGAUGAAUACACAUGGGUAACUAGGAUAGCGACACAAGGAAGUGUGACGAAAUACAAGCUGCUUUAUUGGGGAUACAGAGUUCGGACUAGGUGGUACAGGGAAAUAGGACAAAGAUAUGCAAAGGAAUUCUUUGGAAAUAAACACGAAAACACUGUUGUUCAUAACAUUUUUGAGACACCCAUCAGAGCUAGCGUCUUCCGUAUCUAUCCAUUGACUUGGAGAAGAACGAUAGAGAUGAGGCUGGAGCUUUAUGGUUGUAAAGACGUAUGUUUGUACAAGCCAUGUAAGAAUGGAGGCACAUGCGUUUCUGAUUAUAUCAACGGGAACUACACAUGCUUUUGUCCUGAUAGAUUCUACGGUGAUACCUGCAGAUUAGGUGACUUAUGCAAGCUUAGUAAUCCUUGCUUAAAUGGAGGUAACUGCUCAGCAGUAAGAUCCUGGCCUUAUUUCAAAUGCACAUGUCCUUUCAAUUACACCGGUUUCGACUGUGGAUUCGGGAUAGGUGAUCCAUGCAAUAAUAGCUUUUGUCUUCACAAUGGUGCUUGUGAGCGUAUAGAGUCCUGGCCGUACAGUCGAUGUGAUUGUACUUCUGGAUACGAUGGUUUUAAUUGUGGAACCCACAUAGUUGAUGCGUGUUUCGCCAACCCUUGCCUGAAUAAUGGAACCUGUACACUAAAUAAUAACUCACUGGGUUUUGAAUGUAGCUGCCCUUUAGGGUACAUUGGAUUUAAUUGUGGCUUUCAAGCAGGCAAUCCGUGUUCAAAUAACUCUGAACCUUGCAAAAAUGGCGGAAACUGUACGCAGGAGAGUAAUAUCCUGGGAUACACAUGCAAAUGCACAUCGGAGUAUAUUGGGUUUAACUGUGGCUUUAUGAAAGACGAUCCUUGUUUUCCUAACCCUUGUCGAAACGGUGGAAAUUGCUUUAGGGAAGAUGGUCUGAAGGAUUUCAUUUGCAAUUGCACCUUUGGAUUUAUUGGUAAAAGAUGUGAGAGCGAGAUUGUUCAUGGGAAUUGGAGUCACUGGACACCAUGGCCGAACUGUAACAAGCCGUGUAAUAACGGAACACGAACAAGGAGGCGUGCAUGUGAUAACCCUAGGCCAGCUUUUGGUGGAAAAAGAUGCGAAGGGUUAACCUUUGAGUCUGAACGCUGUAACCAAGAAAAGUGUCCAGCCGAGAAUGUAAAAUACCAGGUUAAGUUAAGAGGUGAAACAUGGGAAUAUUCUCUUGCGGAGCUAGGAAGUACAAAAUACGCGGAACUUGCGGAUAGAAUCAAAAAAGCUGUUGAGGACUUUUACCACAAGAGGGAUGAAAAUGUUAAAGUUGACAAGCUAAAGUUCAAGAAAGGAAGUGUAAUUUGUAGUUUUAACGUCACCUACGAGAGCAUAGACUCGCUACAGAUCGUCUCUUUCCUGGAGGAAAUAGCAGGAGGAUUACUGGGAGAUAUUCCAGUUGCGUUAGACAAGAUCGAAACCAGUAACGUACCCCAACAAGCUCCUGUGGAUUUGAAAGCCAAUAGCUCCAAAUCGACGAGUAUUGUCAUAAAGUGGAGGCAAAAUCAUUCCUUCCCAACUCUGGGUAAUAUGAUUGUCUACAAAGAAGCUAACAAAAAGUUCAAGACUAACACCACGAAGUCAGUUCCACUCAAUGCAUCUGAAGCGAUGCUGGAGGAUUUGAAAAAAUUCACAAAUUAUACCAUCCGUGUGUUUGCCUUUUCAAGUAAUGGUAAUGGGGUGCCAAGUGAUGCUGUCACUGUAAGAACUCAAGAAGAUGUGCCAAGUGAGCCACCCCCUGACAUUGUUGUCAAAUCAACAAGUUCAAGUACAAUUCAUGUGUCCUGGGGGCCGAUCAGCCAAGCUUUCGUACACGGGAUACUUAUGGGGUACGAAGUUAGUUACACAAAGGAUGACGAGUCAUCAGCAUGGGACAACAAGACACUUGAUGCCAACGCACAUGAAACAGUUUUAAGUGACCUGGAAUAUUUCACUCCGUACAAAGUUGUGAUCUGCGCGAGAACAUCUCAAGGAUGUGGAAAAAAUGUCUCUCGCAAUGCAACCACAUUUGGUGAUGUACCCAGUAAGCCUCCACAAAACGUGACAGCUGAGAGAUUAAAGGCUGCAGAAUCCAUCAACGUCACCUGGAAUGAAGUGCCGUUUGGUCACGUGAAUGGUCUGUUGAUGGGAUAUUCCAUAAAGUACCGAAGAGUGAAAACAGCUGAGAAAAAUGUAGUUCACUUGGAGGAGACGGCCAUAGCAAAAUCAACUGAUCUCUGGAUAGUACUCAAUGUUCAAACCUACUCGGUUUAUAAAAUCGAAGUGGCGGCUUUUACUCAAAAGGGCCUGGGGCCUUAUAGUGAAUAUAUCUAUGGUGAAACCUGUCGCUGUCCAAAGACUCUUUACACGAACUAUUGGUCAACUCCGCCGUAUCUAAAAGUGAAUCUAAAAGGAAACACUCUGGAUGGCAUUUUUAGUCACAUUGUCACAGAUAUGAUUUAUACAGCUUGUGGAGAGUGUCCUGCAUACGGUUUCACCGAAAUCAACUUGGCUUCAAACGGAAAUGGACAGCGAUCCGGCAAGGAAAGCCUUGUAGACGUUCUUGGUGACAUCGAUGAAGUUCCACAAAUAAGUUUUCCAAUCUACGGCAACAGAUACGUAACAAGAUUUGGGGGCGUUCACCCUUAUGUCAACCUUGUGGAGUCCCCUGGGUUGGCUUUUGUCGCCGCCAAGAGGACUCCAGGAGCAGCUGCAAGAAACAUUGUAAGCGCUGUGCUUUCGUGCUUUCCACUGGUACUACUGUCUGCAUGUAUGGCCUUUCUUUCCGGGUUCAUUAUAUGGCUUUUGGAUAUGAAGAACAACUCAGAUCAGUUUCCAGCCUGUUUUAGCAAAGGUAUCGGCGAAGGAUUCUGGUGGUCGUUCGUCUCCAUGACUACCGUUGGCUAUGGAGACCGUUUCCCCUGUUCUGUUCCUGCCCGUAUUUUUGGUAUCGCAUGGACCCUCACUGGAAUCGUUAUUAUCUCAAUUCUUACCAGUGCGAUUGCGUCGGCGCUGACGAUUGUCAACGUUCCAUACCCAAUAAAAUUGUACGGUGCAAAGAUCGGAGCAAUUCAAAACUCCACGGAACAUCGAAUUGGCACCCUAAAGAAUGCAAGAAUAAAUGAAGAAAAGAACUAUAAAAAUCUUGAAGAAAUUCGUGCAGCGCUCGAAGAUGGAGAAAUUGAGGGUGCCCUUAUAGACACGUACGUUGCUGCAGAUCACAAGAGCGAACUUUUCAGUGACAGAAUCUAUGUGAAGCAGAUUUUGGACCAACCACUUGGCUAUGGAGUUGUUCUUUCAGGAGCAGCAGUGAAUGUGGAGCAGAGAUGUCGGGACUUCAUCAACCUGCACAUGAGUAAUAUAUUCCACAUGAUAACCAUCUCGACAAUGACACUUGAUCCUGCUCCUCCAGAUGAAAAUGUGGAAUCAAGUACAGACUUGUUCGACGGUUCCUCCGUUAUGUUCCGCAUGGCCUUAGCUUCCUUGUGUGGAAUGCUUGGAUUAGCAAUCAUUGCUGGGAUAACUUACCACUAUCUGAUUUUCGUUCCACACCAAAAGAGAGUUGACAGGCUAAAAGCAUCUUCAUCCCAACUUGCUCAGAAAAAAGCCCUAGUUGCAGAAAUGAGAGAUUUUGUACGCAUAUUUCACUCACAGAUGUCCACUCGAAUAUCUUCAGAGAUCGAUAAGUGUAAACAAGUAUUAAGAGACAUAAGAGAGGAAAGAAACAUUUCUAAACAAGGCGGUGCACUUUUAUUAAACAAUGUUAAAACUAAUCCAAUCUACUCAGAUGCGUCUGAGGGAUGUGAUUCCGUUGUGGCACAGCGACCUUUUGUAUUCAAAUCAGCGAAGAGUAUUGAAGAGCUUAACAAACAUAACACUUUUGUAAACACUGCUGCCCUAAAUUCUUCCGGAGAAAACUUGAGCCUUGAGAGUGACUCUGAUAACUGUACGAAAUGAAGUAACUUUGUGUUAGGUUACACGAAGAACUCAAUAAUAUAAUGACGACAAAGCUCAGAUCAGUUGAUGGAUAAGAUGGUGUUCAUGUUGCUAUGGUAAUUUUACAGGGUUUAGGAGAUGUUUAUAGCGGUGGUCUUUGACAGUUAGGCAUUCUAUGUUAUUUCGAUCUUUCACCGUGACGCGACAAGCAUUAAUAGUAUAGAUUUAUUGAAGCUGUUUAAGUAACUCCAAGAGCAUUUGCUUUGAAAUAAACGAGACUUAUUUCUAUUUCUAAUCAUAAUAAUUAGGCACUGUAUUUAUUAGUGAUCUUUUGCCGUAAGACGAGAACGAUCAACAGUAAAGAUUUAUUGUAGCUCUAUGAAUAGCUCCUUGAGCGUUUGCUCUGAAAUAAGCAAGACUUUCUAUUUGUAAUCAUUAGGCAUUGUAUUUAUGAGUGAUCCUUAGCCGUAAGACGACAACGAUUAAAAGUAAAGAUUAAUUGUAGUUCUAUGAAUAGCUCCUUAAGCAUUUGCUUUGAAAUAAACGAGACUUAUUUCUAUUUGUAAUCACAAUAACUGGGCAUUGUAUUUGUUAGUGAUCUUUUGCCGUAAGACGACAACGAUUAAUAGCAAACAUUUUUUG